CGGAAGCAGGGCAAGGCUGAAGAAAAUGAGGCAAGGCGCGCUCCAGACCAGCUGCCUCCUGGUCCUGGGGUUCUUGGCUCAUUCUUUCGGAGGAUUCCCCAACACCAUCAGUAUAGGUGGACUCUUCAUGAGAAACACCGUCCAGGAGCACAGCGCUUUCCGCUUUGCCGUCCAGUUAUACAACACCAACCAGAACACCACCGAGAAGCCCUUCCAUUUGAAUUACCACGUUGAUCACUUGGACUCUUCCAAUAGUUUCUCUGUGACUAACGCUUUCUGCUCCCAGUUCUCCAGAGGGGUGUAUGCUAUCUUCGGGUUCUAUGACCAGAUGUCAAUGAACACCCUGACCUCCUUCUGUGGGGCUCUGCAUACAUCCUUUGUCACACCCAGCUUCCCCACUGAUGCCGAUGUGCAGUUUGUCAUCCAGAUGCGGCCGGCACUGAAGGGCGCCAUCUUGAAUCUGCUGAGCCACUAUAAGUGGGAGAAGUUUGUGUACCUGUAUGACACUGAAAGAGGAUUCUCAAUCCUCCAGGCAAUUAUGGAGGCUGCCGUGCAAAACAAUUGGCAAGUGACAGCCAGGUCUGUGGGAAGCAUCAAGGAUGUGCAGGAAUUCCGGCGAAUCAUUGAGGAAAUGGACAGGCGUCAGGAGAAACGAUACUUGAUUGACUGUGAGGUCGAGAGGAUCAACACGAUUCUGGAACAGGUAGUAAUCCUGGGGAAACAUUCCAGAGGUUAUCACUACAUGCUUGCUAAUCUGGGCUUCACAGACAUUGUGCUGGAGAGAGUCAUGCAUGGGGGUGCCAACAUUACAGGAUUCCAGAUCGUGAACAAUGAGAAUCCCAUGGUUCAGCAGUUCGUCCAGCGCUGGGUGAGACUGGAUGAAAGAGAAUUUCCAGAAGCCAAGAAUUCUCCCUUGAAGUACACAUCUGCCUUGACACAUGAUGCCAUACUGGUCAUAGCGGAAGCUUUCCGCUACCUGCGCAGGCAGCGAGUGGACGUCUCCAGGAGAGGCAGUGCUGGAGACUGCCUGGCCAACCCUGCAGUGCCAUGGAGCCAAGGAAUCGAUAUUGAGAGAGCUCUAAAAAUGGUCCAAGUACAAGGAAUGACUGGAAACAUCCAAUUUGAUACUUAUGGACGCCGUACAAAUUAUACAAUUGAUGUGUACGAAAUGAAAGUCACUGGCUCUCGGAAAGCUGGCUAUUGGAAUGAAUAUGAAAGGUUUGUUCCGUUCCUGGAUCAGCAAGUCAGCAAUGACAGUUCGUCCUCUGAGAAUAGGACCAUAGUGGUGACUACCAUUCUGGAAUCUCCCUAUGUAAUGUACAAGAAGAACCACGAACAACUAGAAGGCAAUGAGCGCUAUGAAGGCUACUGCGUUGACUUAGCCUAUGAAAUAGCCAAGCACGUGAGGAUCAAAUACAAGCUGUCCAUUGUUGGAGAUGGGAAAUAUGGCGCACGGGAUCCUGAGACAAAAAUAUGGAAUGGCAUGGUUGGGGAGCUUGUCUAUGGGAGAGCAGAUAUAGCUGUUGCCCCCCUCACUAUAACACUGGUCCGUGAAGAAGUGAUAGACUUUUCCAAGCCUUUCAUGAGUCUGGGCAUAUCGAUCAUGAUUAAGAAGCCUCAGAAAUCCAAGCCGGGAGUGUUCUCUUUCCUGGACCCCUUGGCCUAUGAGAUCUGGAUGUGCAUCGUCUUUGCCUACAUUGGAGUCAGUGUCGUUCUUUUCCUGGUCAGCAGAUUCAGUCCUUAUGAAUGGCACUUGGAAGAUAAUAAUGAAGAACCUCGGGACCCCCAGAGCCCUCCUGAUCCACCCAAUGAAUUUGGAAUCUUUAAUAGCCUCUGGUUUUCCCUGGGUGCCUUUAUGCAGCAAGGAUGCGAUAUUUCUCCAAGAUCUCUCUCGGGCAGAAUUGUUGGAGGAGUUUGGUGGUUCUUCACCCUCAUCAUCAUCUCCUCCUAUACCGCCAACCUCGCUGCCUUCCUAACUGUGGAGAGGAUGGUGUCACCCAUAGAGAGUGCGGAGGAUCUGGCCAAGCAGACUGAGAUUGCCUAUGGAACCCUGGAUUCAGGCUCGACCAAAGAAUUCUUCCGGCGAUCCAAAAUAGCUGUCUACGAGAAAAUGUGGUCGUACAUGAAAUCAGCCGAACCAUCAGUGUUUACCAAAACCACAGCUGACGGUGUGGCCAGAGUGCGGAAGUCCAAAGGAAAGUUCGCCUUCCUGCUGGAGUCAACCAUGAACGAGUAUAUUGAGCAGAGAAAGCCGUGUGAUACCAUGAAAGUUGGUGGAAAUCUGGAUUCCAAAGGCUAUGGUGUGGCAACCCCUAAAGGCUCAACAUUAAGAACGCCUGUAAACCUUGCAGUAUUGAAACUCAGUGAACAAGGCAUCUUAGACAAGCUGAAAAACAAAUGGUGGUACGAUAAGGGGGAGUGCGGAGCCAAGGACUCCGGGAGUAAGGACAAGACCAGCGCUCUGAGUCUGAGCAACGUGGCCGGCGUAUUCUAUAUCCUUGUUGGAGGCCUGGGGCUGGCCAUGAUGGUGGCUCUGAUAGAGUUCUGCUACAAAUCCCGAGCGGAAUCCAAACGCAUGAAACUCACGAAGAACACUCAAAACUUUAAGCCUGCUCCUGCCGCCAGCACCCAGAAUUACGCCACUUACAGAGAAGGCUACAACGUGUAUGGAACAGAGAGUGUUAAGAUCUAGGGUCCCUCCCCACUGGGAGCAUGUGACAGGACGAUUCACCGAAAAAGUGGCUGCUUCAAGGAUCCUGAGCCAGAUUUUUCUCUCUCCUUGGUGUCAGGCAUGACACGAAUAUUGCUGAUGGUGCAAUGACCUUUCAAUAGGAAAAACUGAUUUUUUUGUCCUUCAGUGCCUUAUGGAACACUCUGAGACUUGCAGCAAUGCAAAUCAUCAUUGAAAUAUUCUUGCUUUGCUUGAAAAUCUAACAGACACACAAACAAACUAACAUACACAUACAAGGUGGAUGGGCAAGAUUCUCAUAUGGAAAAAAGGAAAUAAUUCUUAUAAAAACAAGCAGUCCCACAAAAGCCAUUCUUUGAUAUCCCACUAUGUAUCAUGUACACAGUAAAUGAGCAUCCUGUUCUUCGACAAAACAAAACCAAUUUCCCUGAGUUCAUUUCUCUGAAUACCAUCCCCCUCCCCUACCCAUGCUCCAUCUUAGCGAAAAUGAUUUCCAGUCUAUGUCUCCCAUCGCUUGAGAAACCAGACUGGCACUUCUGGUGUCAGCUGCUGCCCAGAUGUUUUUGGUAUUCCCUAACAGUGGAGAUUUUCUAUAUGCCCUAUAUCCUUUCAACGUUCCCAACAUGUGUAUAUCCUUUGACCAUGAACACAACCCUCUGAAAAAAGAGAAUUCAAACACUUUGGACAAAGAGACUAACCCGUGACUUCUCAACAGUUGGCAACCAGAUUCAUUGGAAGGCUUCUGUGAUUUCUCAGUUGGUGAAGAAAUUAACUGCGCUCUCCAUUCCUUCUCCCAUGGGUGACAAGGGAACAGGACACUCCUUCUAUCAGGCAUACCUCUCGGUGCUUUUAUUCCAGUGGAUUUUGAGUGGCUUUCCAAGAAGCCCAAUCACUUUUUCUUGCUUUCUGUAUGUAUUGAGAUCCCCCAUAACUGAAGAGCUAGCAAGCAUUUAGGUGAGGGAGAUGCUGCUCCAAGUUGUGUUUAGAAUCACUUUUUUCUCAGAAACAACACUGUGUUUUAGCUCUGCUUUCUCUGAUAAGUAUGCCUUUCAAGUGUCCACCAGUGGAAAUAGGACAGCUUUUCACAGAGGGCCUACCAUUUCAGCCUAGGCGCUUUCUCCAGCUCACUUCACUCUUGCUAGACCUCACCUGUUGCCUGUGACUGCCCGUGACACUCCAUCCCAGACUGCAUGUGUCCUUUUCUAGUUGGCGAAGGCUAAAAAAAAUUUAAAAAUUAAUCCUACGCUAAAAUUGAUCCUACGCUAAACAGAGAUCCUCAGCACCGCUCACUUGGGAGCCUCAAGAUGGAUCAGUCUCCCCACUGGGGUGCUCUGUCAGAGGCCCACUUCACUCCAUCCGUAAAUAAGUAAAUAGAUGCAUCUGUACUGUGGGAUUCAACUGAAAAGUCUAAACAAGUACAGUCUCCAUGCACUAAUCAAUUACCUCCUAUAUAGCAGUCUGCUUUCUGCAAUUUUGUAGUCUUAGCUCAUUGAUGAUGAGUGCAGAUUGGAAGUUAGGAGACUGGAAAGACUGGGCAUAUUUGAGUCUUUUCCCGAAGUUGUACUCUUAGGCCCAGAUGCUGAGUGUUUUAAACUCAGUCUUCAGAAGGGAAAGAGAGACAAAAAGUCCUGUCGGAUGAAACAUUACCAGGAAAGUGUAAUAUCAUUUCCCAAAACUGUUUCAUAAAGAGAAGAACUCACCUGUCAAGUAUUAAAAUGGUAUUGAACAAGACAAAACUGUUGUGGGGUUUUUUCCAUUUUUUCACGAAACUGUGAUUUUCAACUUUGGAAUGCUAUAUAUCAUCCCCUACAGUGGGAAGCUACAGCUGUGCGUGACAACAUUGUAUAACACAAAGCGACAAACCAGCCUCGGACAGAGAGAAACGGCCAUUCAUGUAAGCUAUUCCAUUUCUUGGCAUGAAAACUUCACCAGGGUGAAGGGCCGGUAAAUUGGUUUGUUAUUUUUUUAAAUUUGCAUGUAUAAAAUUUUAAAAAGUAUCAAUUGCUUCAACUUCCUGCUACUAACUUUAAGCUAUGAGAGUUCACGCAGUAGAGACUUGAGGAUUCAGUUUCUUUAGAGGUUCUUUUCCUUUUGUCAUUAAAACUGCACUCGAGUGAACGAAAAAAUUUCCAAGCACACUAAUGGCUAU